AUGUCUGCGAUCCUGGGCUCACUGACUGAUGAUCUGAUCACAGCUGUCGCCCAGGUCUCGCCCGAGCAGAGACAAUCUCCACGCGUCCAGAACCUCAAGCGUCGAGUGGAGGCAGCUCUAAAGCCUGGAGCGCAUGGUCGUACUGACCAGUUUGAAGUUGCUCGUCAGCUAGAUGGCUUACAAGAGAAAUUCCAAGUCCUGAAUCGGGAUGAACUAGCUGAUGCUCUUAGCGGCUGCCUCCAGGAAUUAGAGGAUAUUCGCAGCGCAUCAUCAUGGCUACCAGAGUCACUGAGCUUGAUGUUGCAGCUUUCGGAUCGCCCUGUUCUGUUUUCAAACAUUGACGAACUUGAAAAGCCGGUUGAAGAAGCACCAGAGUCCGAAUCGUUGACAUGGUCUGAAUUGAAUGGCCAAGGGACUGCUUUCAGCAACGAGGACAUCUGGGAAGAGGUGAACUUUGCCGACGACUCAUCUGAAGAUGAUCUUCUAUCUGUCUCCAGUCAUUCAUCUUCUUACCAAGAAACUCCUCAAACGCCCCAAACACUUAACGACAAGGAAAAGGAAUACACUAUUCCGGACGAUGUGUUUAUGUCUGGAAAAGACGAAGCUCUAAUUGAGUCUAUAGAUAGGGCGCAAUUUUGGAAACCAGAAAAUCAUGCUCCAGUCACCCGGGGAAUGGAAAAUUCUCCUCGACUAAUAACAGAACUGCAAUUAGCUAGAGAAACGAUCUUCAUGCUGCAAGGCUUGCCGACAUCUAUUUUCUGGCGCCUGGAUAACAAAAUUGCGGUGGAUCGCAGCUAUAAAGUUGCACAUUUUUCUAACCAAGCCCUUUCAUCAACUCUACAAUUCUUUACUCAGAUCGGGACUAAAGUCGAUGUGGUGCGGCUCUUUACCCGGGUUCCACAAACCAUCCCUUAUAUGCAGACUUUCUGCCGGGGUCUCGAGGAGCAUUUGCUCAAGUUCGAUGCGACUCUUUCUCAAGCACAAUGCGCUUAUCUCUCUCCGGAUUCAACUGUGAGCAUGCUUCAAUUACUUGAUGACGUUCGCCAGCAUUGCCAUGAUUUGGUGCUGCUGUCAAAUCUGAUUCUCGGGCUGAGCCAAAACUCGAAUGAGCAGCCUAUGCGCUGCCUAGACUCAAUAUAUGAUUUGAUAUGCUCACUGGAAGCCCUUGGCGAUGAGAAUGCAUUCAAUGCGCUGACAACUCUUUUCUUUUCUUGCUUCAAAACAUAUACCCUGUCAGUUCAGCUAUGGAUGAAGAAUGGCCAAAUUGACACUCUGAACAGUGCGUUCUUUGUGCGAAGAGAACCUCAGAAUAGUGAAUUGCGAACACUGUGGCAUGACUGGUACAUACUGGAUGAGGGUUUUCGUGGCCAAAAUACCCCUCGAUUUUUGAAACCCUGCGUCCAGAAGGUCUUCGCUACUGGCAAGAACAUGGUGUUGUUGCGCCACCUAAACGCCAUCCCCGAACUUUCGGAGUCAACCGAGGAGUCGGAAAGGAUAUUUGAUCAAAUGGAAGUGGAAGCUUUUUCUCCAUUUUCGCCCCCAUUCUCCGCGCUGGUCGAGGCCGCUUUUGAAAGUCUAGUUAAUAUGAACCACUCAGUCAGUUCUAGCCUGUCAAAAACAGAACUGGGUGAAAAAUGUGGAUUAUGGUCUGCCAUUGAGGCACUGGAACAUGUCUACCUUGGAAAAGACUUGAGUAUUCUUGGCACGAUUGACGCCAAAAUCUUUGAUCUAAUGGAUAGUGGUCGCUCCUGGGACGACAAGUUUCUACUGACCGAAUUGACAAGAUCGGCCUUCAGCGUCAUGCCUUCUAUUGAACCUUUCAGGUUGGUUGUGCGCUCCGAGAGCUCUUCGUCCUGCGACCCCCAGGACCAGCGGACUGUUCAAAUCCUCAAGAACAUUUCCAUUGAUUACGUGCUUCCCUGGCCAGUGGCGAAUAUUAUCACUCAAAAUGAAAUCUAUUCGUACCGGCGCAUAUCCACAUUUCUGACACAGAUUCGACGCGCAAAAUAUGCUCUAGUCCGACAACGUAUUCGAGGAGCGCGCCAAAAGUCAGUACAUGACGAAGAUGGAAGUCUCGUGCACGGGAUUCAUCACCAACUUCUCUGGUUCCUUGAUUCUCUUUAUUCCCAUCUCACAUACCCGGUCAUCACUACUACGAGAAAAGCGCUGCGCUCAGCCUUGAACAGCGCAGAAGAUGUUGAUGCAAUGAUUACCGCACACCAAUCCCACAUGGCUUCGCUAGAAGAGCAAUGUCUACUCUCAGACAAUUUGGCUCCAAUUCACAAGGCUAUUAUAAAUAUCUUAGAUCUUUGCAUCCGUUUUGCAGAUCUGCAAACGGUACGCUGGCUAGAGACCUCUGGAUCCGGCGGAAUGCCCGGUGAAGCUUCGGCUGCACUGCAUCCUCCGAAACGCCAGCGAGAUCCAGAUGAUUCCGACUACGAUUCGGAUGAUGGGGAUCACGACCUUGAGCAGACGCUGACAAUCUCAUUCCGCGAGUCACCUUAUGAACACCAGAUGCGGAAAGUCAAGCAUGAAUCUGACUACCUGAUGAGUUUCGUGGCGGACGGAUUGAAGGGUGUUUUGCGUGCGGAUGGGUUGCAUAGCUGGAAUAUCUUGGCUUAUCGAUUAGACUGGCGGUAA